AGAAGAGACCUGCCCAGCCAGCGCGGCAGAUGUUCAUUUGUGAUGCUGCCUUAAGGAGAUGAAGAGAUGAGAGCGAAUUGUUCCAGCAGCUCAGCCUGCACUGCUAACAGUUCGGAGGGGGAGCUGCCUGUGGGACCGGAGGUACAUGGGAACCUCGAACUUGUUUUCACAGUGGUGUCAGCCGUGAUGAUGGGCCUGCUCAUGUUCUCCCUGGGAUGCUCUGUGGAGUUCCGGAAGCUCUGGGCGCACAUCAGGAGACCCUGGGGCAUUGCUGUGGGGCUGCUCUGCCAGUUUGGCCUCAUGCCUCUCACAGCCUAUCUCCUGGCCAUCAGCUUCUCUCUGAAGCCAGUCCAGGCUAUUGCUGUUCUCAUCAUGGGGUGCUGCCCGGGGGGAACCAUCUCUAACAUUUUCACCUUCUGGGUCGAAGGAGAUAUGGAUCUCAGCAUCACUAUGACGACCUGCUCCACAGUGGCUGCGCUGGGAAUGAUGCCGCUCUGCCUGUAUCUUUACACCUCGUCCUGGAAUCUCGAGCAGAAUCUCACCAUCCCGUAUCAGAACAUAGGAAUCACCCUUGUGUGCCUGACCAUCCCGGUGGCCUUCGGUAUCUAUGUGAAUUACAGGUGGCCUAAGCAAUCCAAAAUCAUUCUCAAGAUUGGGGCCAUUGUUGGUGGGGUCCUCCUUUUGGUGGUCGCAGUUGCUGGUGUGGUGUUGGCAAAAGGAUCUUGGAAUUCAGACAUCACUCUUCUGACCAUCAGUUUCAUCUUUCCUUUGAUUGGCCAUGUCACGGGCUUUCUGCUGGCACUUCUUACCCACCAAUCUUGGCAGAGGUGCAGGACAAUUUCCUUAGAAACUGGAGCUCAGAAUAUUCAGAUGUGCGUCACCAUGCUCCAGCUGUCUUUCACCACCAAGCAGUUGGUCCAGAUGCUUAGCUUCCCACUGGCCUAUGGACUCUUCCAGCUGCUGGACGGAUUUCUCAUUGUUUCAGCAUACAAGAUGUACAAGAGGAGAUUGAAGAAUGAACACAGAAAAAAGGACACAGAUUAUGCAGAAGGCUGCCAUAAAAAGAAAUCUACUUCUCUCAAAGAGACUGGUGCUUUCUUGGAGGUGAAUGAAGAAGUUGCCAUAACUCCUGGGCCAUCAGUGCCAAUGGAUUUCCACACAGCUUUUGAGUCAACCAGCCAUGUCUCUUCUUGUACCUAGUAAGGGUUGCUGGCCUGACUGGUCUCCAUCUUACUCAGUGGCCAGUAAAGACAGUGAGGAGCUGAUGCAUGCAUCUCAUUGGCAGGGCCUGUGGGAAUAUUUGAAUAGUUAUAUUUUCAUGUGGUUUGUGAAUUGUCAUUUUUUUUUUUUAAAGAUUUUAUUUAUUUAUUUGACAGAGAGAGACACAGCGAGAGAGGGAACACAAG